UCAGCCAUAAUUGAAGACUUGAAGUUCCUCCCGGCUCCCACCCAUGCCCGACUCCCCGUCACCCCGAUCUUAGAUCUCGCCUCAACGACCUCGUUUUUGCUGCCCUUGACCACCAUGAUACUCCUCUCCAUCUCACCGUUCGUCUCAAUCUUCCCGCAGCCAUCUCCUCUUUCGCCACUAUUAGCACUUAUAUGUCCCUCUAGAACGCCACUAGGUGGACUCCUCUUUAGGAAGCCAUCCUCUUGUCCUGAUUCUCCUCCGCUACCACAAUCUCUCCUCUCUAUCCAAGCUCCGGUGUGGCUCCCCGCUCUCCUCUCCGUUGUCCGCCGUCUCCCAGACUUCUAUCUUGAGCACUCCCUUCUCUGUGUUCAAGAAGCCCAAACUAGGUCCGAGAACAAGGUGAUGAGCAGAUUUAAUAAGUGAAUGCAGGCUGCUUUAACUAUGAUUGUUUUGACAUCAAAAAGUUUAGGAUCUGCAAUAUUCUUUCAUAUAUUUAAAAUAGCUGAUAUUUUUAAGUCUUCGAUGUUGCAAUUAUGCACACAAUUAUGUAAAUCCUUGCCAUAGCCAUUAUCAAAAAAAUUCAAGAAUACACAGCCAAAUGUAUCUGAAACUGCAGCUCAUUGUACAAUGAAUUAAGAUGCAUUGCUCAUAUAUUCAGCAGAAACCAGUAAAAAGAGACAAAAAUGAAUGCUUGAUAUGAUGAUA